CCACAAUGCAAUAUUAGCCACAAGUCUCUAAUUCCCGAUGCCUACACAUACCCCCUCUUUCUACACCUUCUUCCUCAGUCGAUCUCAUUGAAGCUCCCAUCAAUGGCAUCCAUGGCUGCAACUGCUUCUAGCUCCACAACUGUGGUCCGAGCCACCCCUUUCUUGGGUCAAACCAAAGGAUCCAAUGCCAACACUCUUAGAGAUUCUGUCUCCAUGGUCAAUGGCAAAUUCACCAUGGGAAACGACUUGUGGUAUGGGCCAGACCGUGUGAAGUACUUGGGCCCCUUUUCGGCUCAAACACCAUCCUACUUGACCGGUGAAUUCCCGGGUGACUAUGGCUGGGAUACAGCUGGUUUGUCCGCUGAUCCCGAGGCAUUCGCUAAAAACCGGGCUCUUGAGGUGAUCCACGGGCGAUGGGCCAUGCUCGGAGCACUGGGCUCCAUCACACCCGAAGUCCUUGCAAAAUGGGUCAAAGUGGAUUUCAAGGAGCCCGUUUGGUUCAAAGCCGGAUCCCAAAUCUUCUCAGAAGGUGGGCUAGACUACUUGGGCAACCCUAACUUGGUCCACGCACAAAGCAUACUAGCAGUACUCGGUUUUCAAGUGGUCCUAAUGGGCCUAGUUGAAGGGUUCCGUAUUAACGGGCUUGAUGGUGUUGGAGAUGGUAACAACUUGUACCCGGGAGGUCAGUAUUUUGACCCGUUGGGACUUGCUGACGACCCGGUUACCUUUGCUGAGUUGAAAGUGAAGGAAAUCAAGAAUGGAAGACUAGCAAUGUUUUCAAUGUUUGGGUUUUUUGUUCAAGCAAUUGUAACAGGGAAAGGACCAUUGGAGAACCUUUUGGACCAUUUGGAUGACCCUGUGGCUAACAAUGCAUGGGUCUAUGCCACCAAGUUCGCGCCUGGUUCAUAAGUUUUUGUGGCUCCUUGAGUUUUCUUGUAAACUAUGAGUUUGAUGAAAGAAAAUAUGUAUAUUAUUGUUGUUUAUGUUGAGAUUUGUUGACACAUUUAAGUGUUUUAUCACAAAGCAUGAUUGUUCUAUACUAAUAAAACGCGUUAUAAAA